UUUAAUCUGAAACAAUCAAUCAGUAUGUACGCGUUUGUAGUAUUUGCGAUAUUUGUAGUUACAGCUCAUGGACAAAUCACUGUUCCUGGAGUCUGUGAUUUGACCUCCAGCGGCAUAAAUGCAAUAAGAAUUGUCAAUGAAGAAUUGCUUUCUGGAGCAUGGUAUCAAUUAUCCAGAAUAAACAAUACCUUAGAUAUUGGGGACUGUGUCACCACCACCAACACCAUUAUCAUAACCAACAAUGUUUUCGCGAGAGGCGCCGCUGACACCAGACAAGUAUUCAACAAGACUGCUAUCUGGAAAAACGCCACGUUCACCGCACUUCCAAAUGGAGUUUAUUCUUAUCAAUAUCCUGAAAUCGCUUUAAAUACAGUAUACGUAGCUACGGACUACAGUGGCUACGCAUUACUCUACAGUUGUAUCCAAGCAAAUAUGACACACAAAAAUGUGUAUGCAUGGCAGUUAGCAAGAUCGACCCAAUUAACUGAAACUCAAAGCCGACUCCUGAACGCUGCGAUAAGUUCGGUUCCAGAUUUAAACGGAGUCGCGUGGAGAGCUGUGGGUCACCAGAAGGAGAACUGUCAGACUGGAGGUGCCUUCACACUUCUUGUAUCUCCAGUUCUCUUAGCUGCAUUACUGUGGAACAUGUUUAUUAAUAUAGCUUAAGAGUCUGCUUCUAUUUAUGAUCUUGUACUCACCUCGAAUGGAAUAUAAUAUAGGUGAAUUAGAUCCACAAUUAAAGUAUCACUGUAACACAAAAGAAACAGGUUGAAGUCCAUUCCUAAAUUUUUCUGACGUGUUUCAUUCGUUAUUUUUUUUUUGGUUUCUUCGUCCAUUAUUAGGCUGUCCUAAUGCAAUGGGUUCAAGCCCAUACAGCCGUAUUCAUCAUUUAAUAAUUAAUUGUCAAAGCCAUCUUAGCCAACGUAGAAUUAGUCCGGUCAAUUUAGACAUUCGAAGUUACAUAAAGUCCCAACAAGCUGAAAAUCAGUGAAAUUGUUCAAAACAUAAUUAUAAAUAAUCUUUAAAAGUUCCCCAUCAUUCUCGUGUAUGGAUUUUUUUAUUCAAGGUCAAAGGUCAAAAAAAUAAGAUUUUCGCGAAUUUCUACAAAACGGUAAGAUUUAUCAUAAAAGUACCUCAUACAAAAAUUGUAGAUCAUAAAAUUAUCUAUAAAAAUUGUAUCAAUACAUUUUUUCUUACGAGCCACCGUUUCUGAGAUAUAACGAUUCCAAAAGUUAUAAAAGUUGUUAUCGUCAUAAUAUGCACACGUUUCCACGCCACCUAUGAGGUAGUAGUUAGCGCGUUUUUUAUAAGUUUUUGAAUCGUUAUAUCUCAGAAACGGUGGCUCGUAAGAAAAAAAGUAUGGGUACAUUUUCUAUAGAUAAUUUUAUGAUCUACAAUAUUUGCCUGAGGUACUUUUAUGAUAAAACUUACCGUUUUGGUGAAAUUCGCGAAAAUCUCAGUUUUUUUACCUUUGACCUUGAAUAAUUUUUUUUCCAUACACGGGAAUGAUGGGGAACUUUUAAAUAUUGUUUAUAAUUAUGUUUGGAACAAUUUCACGGAUUUUCAGCUUGUUGGGACUUUAUGUAACUUCACUCUCAUUUUUUGGUCUAAAUUGACCGGACUAAAUAGCACGAAUCAUUUUAAUGAUUUUUGCUUCGUUAGGCUAAAGAAGUAUAACUUCUUGCGUGCAUACAUAAGUACACCCACACUUUUUUUUAUUAUAAACUUAUUAAAGGUAAACCUAGCUGUUAUAUAUGAAAUUAUUUGAUUUGUGAUACACUAACGAUAUUUAAGGAGUUCUAAUUAUAUAAUUAAUUAGGUACUUAAUUUAUUGAAAAAACAUCCCCUAUAAAUAAAAAAAAGUGUGGAUUCAUCAUCGCUGUGUGACUCUUUUGGUAAUUAAGCGCAACCGCCGAAAGGUCCGUGAGUCAGGCGCAAUUUACUAAGUAGUCUAUUAAUAAUUACUCUUAAUAAUUUUUUUCAUGAGUGUGACGAGCUUAUGGUCUCGCCCAUUCUAGCACUAAUAAUUCUAGAAUAUGUGCGACCGCACUCUCGUCUUAUUUUAUAUUCAAUACAAAACUAGUUUUUAUUUAUAAAUAUAAAUAUCAUUAUGAAAAAAUAGUACCUUCGUAAAUAUACUAAAAUACUUUUUUACAAAUAGUUUUAAGUACGUUAUUGUUACUACAAAUAAAUAUUUUUAAAUUAAA